AUGGCGGAAUCCACCACCAAUACCAACUCAAAAUUUGAAUCAAUCAGACAAUGGAUCGUCCAACACAAGCUCCGUACAGUUGGGACUCUGUGGGCGAGCGGUGUAAUUGGAUCCUUGGCUUACAAUUGGUCUCAGCCUGGCAAGGCUAGUGUCAAGAUCAUUCACGCUAGGCUGCACGCGCAAGCUCUUACGCUGGCUGCACUGGCUGGAGCUGCAGUGGUCGAGUACUAUGACCACAAGGCUGAAAAAAAUGCAGAUCCACAUGCUAAGUUCCUUCCUUUGAAUACUUAUUCACAAAAAGAUUAG